AUGGACGACACGAGCCGGGCCGGGAGGAGGCAGAAUGAAGCGCCUGCGCACCAGACAUCUCUGCCGAGAUACCCGCUCCAGGUUCCCCCGACGCAGGGCAGGUCGAUGACGCAAACCGGCCCGGAGAGGUAUCGGCCGGCACCGCUUAGCACGUCACCGGCGACGCCGCGGAGCAUAGGCGUCGCCGGCACCUACAGCCCCUACUACCAGGAGGCCCAGGCGUCCUUUACGCCGUCGAACAUGGCCUACGGACAGCAAGACUACGGCUCGGACGGGCGGGCCCAAGGUCAAAGCUUCGGGAACUACAACGCAGGUUUGAUGAUGUACAACGUUGCGCAUACGAACACACAGGCGGCUGUGUACGAUACACAACAGUUUUCACAGCGUCAGCAAGCCGCCAUGCAGAUGAUGACACCCGACGCUGCCUCGACCUACUUCAGCGCCGAAGCGGGCACGGCGGCAACGGCGGGCCUGCAGCACCCCAGCCAGAACUCGGCGGGCGCACCAUCCGACGCCUUUCAACAGCAGACCUCGAUGGUGUACGGUGGCAGCAUGGCCGGCGUGAACACGAUGCAGCAACAGCAGCAGCAGCCGGCAGGCGUCUCUGACGGCCAGGCCUAUCUCGACUCGGCCCUCGAGGAGAAGUGGGCGGACUACCAGAGGCAGCUGGGGAGCGUCCUCGAGGAUGUGAAGACGGGAUCCCUCGAGAACGCGGCCGAGACGCUCCUGAGCUUGUCCAACUGGCUCCUGACGCAGGUGGCGGACCUCGGACUCAGUCAGGACGACGCGAGCCUCCAUGACGAACGGAUCAAGCUCUGGGACGACUUCAACCACGCAUGGCUCGCCCUGGGCUUGCAGCAAAAGACGGCCAUGGAGUCCGGUCAGCAGGCGGGGAGGUCGCAGGGUCUCAUGUCGGAGGAGACGGUCAAGAAGAUGGGCGACGAGCUCGUUCGGCUAUGCGACGGCAUUGAGCGGCAGGGCCUCGUCGACUACCAGUACGGUGUUUGGGAGGAGCAGAUCGAGAGCAGAGCCCAACCAGUCCUCGAAGAAUGCCUCGACCUCUUCGACUCGGCGGGGGAAGCGGAUUCUGCCGCCGACACCGGUGACGCUGCUGGUUCUGGCUGA